CCCCACACUAGUCAAGCUCCACGUCUUCUCCACUUCAGCAAAAACAUCCGAAGUCCAGAGGGAUCAACAGCUCAUCUUCCUUGCCUUGCGCAUGGCUUUCCUAAACCUCGUUAUGCGUGGUACUUCUCCGACAAUGGCCGGAUGACCGUCGUUAACAAGGACCAACGCAUUGACCAAAUGGAUGGAACUCUGGUUAUUCGUCAAGUGACCCGUGAGGACGCUGGGACAUACUUUUGUAUGGUCAGUAAUGAUGCUGGACAAGAGAGAGGAGAGGUUAAACUGGACAUUACUGCUCCAUUAAAAGCAUCUAUUUACCCUAAAAACCAAGAGGUUGACUCCGGAAAUCCAGCUAUUAUAAACUGCACAAUCCAGGGAUAUCCGAUACACUUGGUGAGUUGGUCGAAAGAUCAGCGAACUCUGGUGGCGGACGGGAGGAUUACAUUUCCGACUCAAUCCAGUGUUCGUAUCAACCCAACAAGACGUGAAGAUGGCGGAAUGUACCAGUGUUAUGUGAAGAACUCUGAAGAAUCGGUACAAGACGCUGCAAGACUCAUCAUUUCAGGUGCGGACUUGAUCUUCUUUCUCUUCAUUUUUACACUAUUCUGACUCACCAUUCCAGGUGUGGACUUGAUCUUCUUUCUCUUCAUUU